AUACUGCCACUCUCAGUACAGAGUCUCCUUAACAGCAUCGCCCCGUAAUUGUAAUUAACUAUAAACCCAGGGGUUUGCACGGGAUAACAGCACCGCGGCGCUUUCUGCGAACCUUCCUGCCUCCUCCCAACCCUACAACUGCCUAAUGGUCCAAACCCUAACCGGAAAGAAACGCAACGGCGUGCUCUAAGAAGAACCCAAGCUCGCUUCCGUUUUCGUCGAAUCUCCAUCAACAACAGAAUCCCUAACCCUAAGAUUCUCCAUCGAUCCUUCCCCGGCAUCAUUCGAACGCUACUCGUCGCGCUCUUGGCCUCGCCGGCCGCCAUGUCUUCUAGAUCGCCGAUCGGAAGGGGACGCCGCGCCGGCGGGGUUCCGUCGGCGUUUGAUGAAGCGCUGCAGGCGCUCUAUCCGGAGAGGCAUCAUCUGUACGUUCGCCGAGGCGGCGCUCUUCUCUCCGAGAAAUUGAUUCCGCCGCCGAACGGCGGUGGCCCUCAUAGGCUGACGAAGCUGCUUCUUAAGGUCACCGUGCAGAGAAGUUCGGGGCCUGUCCAGGUGGUGAUUUCGCUAGAAAAUACGGUGGGAGAUUUGAUACGAGCGGUUCUGAAAAUGUACGCGAAGGAGAAGAGAAGGCCGCUUUUGACGGAGACUGAUCCUCGGCGUUUCGAACUUCACUACUCGCAGUUUAGUCUGGAAAGUUUGAAGGUGGGGGAGAAGCUAACCAACUUGGGGUCCAGGGAUUUCUUCUUGUGCCAAAAACCGCCUGCAGCCAACUCUCUGAAUUUGUCUUGCUCCGACGACGCCAACAAGGCAGCCCAGUCUGCAUUCCCGCUGACAGGGUUCAUGGAUCUCUUGCUCUAGCUACCUCUUCCUACCUAGCUUUGUUAGUUGCUACUUACACAGCACACUUUGUAAAUACAACUACUACCCUGCGACUUGCUAUGUGCUCCUCUACCUGCGUGUAUGCAUGCACAUGAUGCUUUUGUUUUUGGCACCACAGUGCCCAACUUGUAGGUGCUUAUUGUUUUUGAAAAAAAAUGCAAAUCUUUAUAUGUAAAUGCAGUUUUGAAUUCUAAAUAUAUAUGAUUUUGGAUCA